CCGCGGCUCUCCUUCUCCCGCAGGUACAACAUAGCUGUGAAUGUGAACGCAAGGAAGGAGGGCGGGGAGUGCGAACGGUCCGUGACACCCGCAGCUGAUUUGAUUGUCCUCGUCUCGUUUGACGCGUUUAUCUCGGAGAGCAGUAGUAGCAAUAUUUAGGUGUUUUCCUACAGAAGUGUGCCGCCUCUCUGCCAAGGACACUUAGCCUCCAGCUAAAAAAUUCGGAUCUUUUUAACCGUGCCGGUUGUGCGAGAAUUUCUGUAGGCCGAAGAUGACUGUCAAAGUCAAGUGGAAAGUGUCGGCGAGCAUUUUCGUACUCCAGAUCUACUUGUUCGGCACUGUGUUCGGCAUUUUCGAGCACAGAACAUGCAGUCAUAUUCCUCCCACAGAAGACCAGGUUAUCAGAGGAGUUUAUUUAGAGGAUGAACACGUUAUCCGAAAGAGAGAUCUCGACCAUCCGUUAAAAAUGCUUUUAUAUUACGACGAGAGUGUUUACAGAUUGCCUCGAGAGAAAUUCGAGCUUAUUAAUAAUACAAUUUUGCCAGAGGCUGUUCACUUUUGGGAGCGAGCGCUGAUGGUCAGGAAAACAGCCAAUGUGAUCAGACUGAACAGGAAAUGCGUGAAUAACCAAGUAUUCUUCAGAAAAGGUGAAUCUCAUGUUUAUUGCAAGAACGCGUGCGAGGAAAAGACGAUGUGCGGUGAGGUGCAAGUGCCAGAGUCGCACCUGGAUGUGUGCCGGGUGUGUAAUGCGACCGGCCAGCAAUGCGCGCCGGUGACCGGCGCGGUCGCCGGCGCUGGCAUCACCAACGCAGACUUUGUCUUCUACAUCUCAGCCAUGGAGACCGACCGGUGCCACAAAGGCAUGACCGUUGCUUACGCGGCGCACUGCCAACAGGAGUCGUCUCUUGACAGACCGAUCGCCGGCCACGCGAACUUGUGCCCUGGCACUAUCAGCACCAAGCCGCAGGAGCUGGAAAUUUUGCUUUCAACCGUGAAGCACGAAAUCCUUCACGCGCUGGGCUUCUCGAGCAGCUUGUAUGCCUUCUACAGAGAUUCUGAGGGAAAUCCGUUGACACCUAGGAUUGACAACGGAAAGCCGCAGCUCAACGAAAAAUUGCAAACAAGGCAGUGGAGCAACAAAGUUAUCAAGACUGUGACAAGGACUGACUGGAAAAUUCAUGGCGGGAACAUCACUCGUACGGCGCAGAUGAUAGUCCUGCCUCGGGUCGUGGAGGAGGUGCAGAGGCACUUUGGGUGUGACAGCCUUGAAGGCGCAGAGCUUGAGGACCAGGGCGAAGACGGCACUGCCACUACGCAUUGGGAGAAAAGAGUUUUUGAGAACGAAGCAAUGACGGGAACUCAUACUCAGAAUCCUGUUUACUCGCGAAUAACGCUGGCACUUAUGGAGGACACUGGCUGGUACAGAGCUAAUUACUCGAUGGCUGAGCCGCUCGCCUGGGGCAAAGGCCUUGGCUGCGACUUUGCAAAGAAGUCCUGUAAAGCGUGGAUGGACAGCAGGGAAGAUCUUGGGUUGUCGAUCCAUCCUUUCUGCAACAGAGUAAAGAAGGAUCCUCUGGAAACCGAGUGCACCGACGACAGAAGCUCAGUGGCCUUGUGCAACUUGGUGGAGCACAGUGGCUUUUUACCAACUAAAUACCAGAAUUUUGACCACAUUCCCCACAUUGAGCCUGGAUCAGAAGGUAAAUACGGAGGUUCGGUGGCGUUAGCCGACUACUGCCCCUACAUUCAAGAAUUCUCCUGGCGCGCCAAGAACGUCGUUGUGAGAGGGUCGCACUGCCACUUCGAUGAGAAUAACCCGCAGGUGGAGAAGAACUUUGCGCUUGAGAGCUACGGCGAGGGCUCUCGGUGUUUCGACCACACCGGCUCGAUGUGGGAGGAACGCACCUGCCGGCAGGUGCGUCUUUGGCAGCAUUGGGGCUCUGGCUGCUACAAGUACAACUGCCACGGCGGCCGAAUCAACGUACUGGUCGCCAACUACACGUUCACCUGCUACCAAAAGGGUCAGCAGAUUCCCAUCAAAAUCUUGGCUGACGACUGGCUGCACGCAGGGGCUCUCCUUUGCCCCAGUUGCGAAGAGCUGUGCGAGGACGAAUUGCGUCAAAACGGAGCCACGUGCAAGCCGCCGACGAGACCACCGGCAAGCUACAAAGUGCAGCAGGACGAGCUCACGUGCGGAGCCAUCCAAGCAAAAUCACUCAUCUUACUGCUCCUUGCGUCUGUGCUGGCUGUCAAACUCACUUGAGUAUAAAAAUGAUCCAAAAUGUUGUGCUCAAACGCCUUGAUGGCGUCAUCAACUUCCUACGCGCUGCUAGCUUGAUUUUGCACUCAAUCGGAAGCAGCAAUUUAUUUCAAGGUUAAUCGCAAACGAUGAUAAGGCCGUGAAUUGAUUUCAGCGUGAUCUCUACUAAUCAAGUUUCAUUUAUGUGAUGGUUUGUAUUAUAUAUCUGUAUUAUAUUUUAUUCAUGUGUUUUGAAGAUAUGUAAGUGAAGAUUGCAAACGAAGCUUUUACAAUGAGUUUUUAACCAAUAUCAGGGACCGAGACACUCUUGUUGAAAAGCCUAAUAACUGUAAGACCACAAUGUCGUUACUUCUUGAUAUCAUUGAAAGAUGACAACUUUUGUUUGUUAACUCACCAUUAUUUUACCUCUAAAUCUGCAGCUGAAUAAGAGAAAAUAUGUGUAGGUGAAAUAUUGAAUUUAAAAUUGAAGCGAAGAUAAAAAAAACUCAAUUUUCGCUUGCUUUUUAUAAAGAUUGUUUGAUUUUCAAUCUUAUUAUGAAAAACGUGUAGCUCAAACUCAAGGAAAAUCCAGUUUUUAAAAUAGAAAACAAUUCCGUUUAUCAAUUAUAUAUUUUUCCAUUAAUACAAUUACUGUAAUUUGUCCAUAAUAUCAUAUUGUUUCCUGGUGUUUUGUUAAACUAUAUGAGGACAAAUCCAUUCCCCACUUCAUAGUUGUUUAAAUAAACUCUCAGUCACUCCGUUAAUCAAUAAUUUAUUAUUAAAAAAGUUACUUCGUUAAAAGC